AGUCACAGAACUAUAUAUCCUUGAUUGCAAGUAGCAAAGUACAUACUAAAAUGGUAGUAGUUUCAGGCACCCAUGAAGAGGUUUCAGCCACUUAUGACCGGAACAAAGAGUUGAGGGAAUUUGAUGAUACUAAAGCUGGUGUGAAGGGACUGGUAGACGCUGGCGUUGUGAAGUUACCUCGUAUCUUCGUUCACCACCACCCUUCUAAUGCCCUCCUUCAUGAAGGGUCGCCUGGUUCCAUCCGCCACAACCAGACCCAAACCCAGCUCAGGCUUCCAAUCAUAGAUUUGGGGGAUGGCAUCAUCGAUAAAGAUGCGACUUUCAGGAAGGAAAUCGUCGAAAAAGUGCGUCAUGCAUCGGAGACGUCGGGGUUCUUCCAGGUGGUGAAUCAUGGGAUUCCUCAAACUGUUAUGGAUGAGAUCCUGGAAGGGAUUAGAAGGUUUUACGAGGAAGACACGGAGGUGAAGAAACAGUUCUACACGCGUGACUAUGUCAACAAAAGGGUUGCUUACAAUUCCAAUUUCGAUCUCUACAGCUCUCCCGCAGCUAAUUGGAGGGACAGUAUGUAUUGCUCCAUGGGUCCUCAACCUUUCAAUCCCCAAGACUUACCUGAGGCUUGCAGAGAUAUAUUGAUGGAGUACUCGGAUCAAGUUAAAAGAUUGGGGAUUAUCUUGUUUGAGUUACUAUCGGAGGGUUUGGGGCUAAAACCUAACCGGCUGAGGGAGAUGGGUUGUGAAGAGGGACAUGCCCUUCUGUGUCACUAUUAUCCUGCAUGCCCUGAACCUGAACUGACGAUGGGCACCAGUGAGCAUGCUGACGGUGAUUUCCUUUCAAUCCUUCUACAAGACCAUAUUGGUGGCCUCCAAGUUCAUCAUCAGAACCAAUGGGUUGAUGUGUCCCCCACACCUGGAGCUCUGAUUGUGAACAUUGGGGAUCUUUUGCAGCUCAUAUCCAAUAAUAAGUUUAAAAGUGCUGAACAUCGAGUAUUGGCCCAAAAAGUAGGCCCAAGACUAUCUAUCGCAUGCUUCUUCACUACAACUUUUCUACCAUCAACAACGAUCUAUGGGCCUAUCAAGGAGUUGCUAUUGGAGGACAAUCCCCCAGUCUACAGGGAAACCACAGUCUUAGAAUACACUACAUACUACAUGGCCAAGGCACUUGAUGGAACUUCUGCAUUGGAAAAUUUUAAGCUGCAAACUUCAAGUUCAGAAGAAAAGAAAUAGCAUAGCAUAAAUUAACAUCAA